UGCCUUUUAGGAGGAAAUCGAAAGUGAUGAUACAAACAAAAAGAAUGAUAUAGCAAUGAGACACAGGAACAUGGAAAAAGGCAACCCCCUCCAUCCUAACCAGGUAAGAACUACUUAUUUCACCCACUUGCUACAAGCACUUCUGAAUCUGAAUACCAACCAAGCUAAGGGCCAAGGUACACUUCUUGUUAUAGCAGACUUCCUCAAUGUGGUUUCUUCCAGAUGUUGUUGGACUCCAACGUUCAUCAGCCCCAGUCAGCAUGGCCAACAGACAGGGUUGAUAGGAGUCUUAAUCCAGCAGUGGCAGAAUUUGGGCUUUCAGAUUUCAGUGGUGACCUGUGCAACACCAAAAUCCGAUGUUCCCCCUCCUCUCACAUCUCAUUCUCAGUUAUUGUUGCAGUGUCCCCUGCGACAGCCUCAUGGCUUGGCCCCCAGUGCAGGUGAACCAGUUGCACACACACCCCAAAUCUGCCUCCGAGUUCAGCAACAUCUGGAGGACACCAGGCUGGGGAAAGCUGUGUUUAAAAAUCUGGAUUUUUAAAAAAAUGGGUGGGGCCAGGAGGAGUUUACCCAUUUCCACCUGCCCCACAGUCCUGACAACACUCACACACAACUUCCAUCUUGCAAUUGCUGUUGGGGGGGAAAUUUUCAUUUGGACCAUGGUACAAGGGGAACGUCUUCCUGUGAUCAUGAUUCUGAUCCCCUGCUGCUUUCUCUUCCUUUUUAAAAUAACACUUUUUUUUAAAUAAUAUUUAUUACUUUUCCAACAAUUUAAACACUACAAAAAAAAGAAAUAAACAAUACAAUACAAUACAAUACAAAAGCAAUACCUUACACUAACACAUUAAACUAACAAAACAAAACAAAAACAGUUUAAAACACAUCAAACAGUUUCAAUAUCUUAUCUUUCAUUCACUUGUUUCCAUGACCUCCUCACACCUCCCUUUUUGUUUUCCACUUCUAUUAAUUGUUUCAGCAAUUCCUUUCCAUCUUCCUCUGCUUUCUAUCCUUUAAUUAUCUUAACACAUUCUAACCUUAUUUUCCCCUUUAAUACUCUAUUAAUCUAUUUAUACUUAAUUCCUUAUAACAUUUCUACUAAAGCCAUAUAACUUCAUUCCAACAUUUUCCUAACAUUCAUUAAUUUUACAGUAUUUCUGUAAAUAGUCUUUAAACUUUUUCUAGUCUUCUUCCACCAACUCCUCUCCCUGGUCUCGGAUUCUGCCAGUCAUUUCUGCCAGUUCCAUGUAGUCCAUCAACUUCAUCUGCCAUUCUUCCCGGGUGGGUAAAUCUUGUGUCUUCCAAUACUUCGCGAUGAGUAUUCUUGCUGCUGUUGUUGCAUGCAUAAAAAAAAUUCUAUCCUUCUUUGACACCAAUUGGCCAACCAUGCCCAGGAGAAAGGCCUCUGGUUUCUUCAGAAAGGUAUAUUUAAAUACCUUUUUCAUUUCGUUAUAGAUCAUCUCCCAGAAUGUCUUAAUCUUUGGGCAUGUCCACUAAAGGUGAAAUAAUGUACCUUCAGUCUCAUUACAUUUCCAACAUUUAUUGUCGGGCAAAUGAUAAAUUUUUGCAAACUUGACUGGUGUCAUGUACCACCUAUAAAUCAUUUUCAUUAAAUUUUCUCUUAGGGCAUUACAUGCCGUAAAUUUCAUACCUGUGGUCCAUAACUGUUCCCAGUCAGCCAUCAUUAUGUUAUGUCCAACAUCUUGUGCCCCCUUUUUAAAAUAACACUUAAAGGUGAUGGUGUUUUUAAUAUAACAGCCCUAAACCCACAAUCCUAUGCAGUGUUAGGCUAGCUUAAGGUCAUAUAUGUCAGCAGAGGUAGAUGCCUGGGACUGGGCUGCAGGAAAGAAUGGAAGAGAAUUUCAUUUGUUUGCGUGUUCAGACCCAGAAACCUCCCCCCUAAAUAAAUUCACACAUGACUCAAAAUUUUGGUUUGGUUUUUGGCAGAAGUUAGGCCACAACUUUAUUGUUUACAUCAGGUUACUGGUUGAAUAGGCUCUGGUUCGACUAGUUCCCUGCCAUGCAGGUAGCGCUGACCCAGGGUUCCAGCAUAGGUCAGCCAAGGGUGAACACCUGGAUAAGAGGAAAACCGGGAACAGGCUAUCUCCGCCACCGAAAUGUCCCCCUGGACUCAGGCACGGACACAAUCCUCUCUCAGGGGUUGACCAAACCAUCGAGUCCCUGGAUUCCUUUAACGGAACGCCCUUCACAUAGGGAUGGUGAGAGCGUUCCCCCAUCCCUGUCACCUGAACCAGUGCCUAUCCGCAACCUUACAAGUUGUGACGAUUUGCUACGCGGCAGGCAAAACCCAAAUGGCAACAGCCAAUCAGCCAAGUGGGGAAAAUUCCUGCCGUGCCCCUGUCCCGAUGACCGACGACACACGACGGCAUAGCAAGGUCAGGUGCAACAAGCUCUAAAAGUAGAGAGAGGUGGGCAGGUGUUCCGAAUGCACACGCUGAAAGAGGAAGCUCUGGGUCACAUGCAUGGGUAUAUAUAGGUCCCUCGAACCAUUUGGACUGCGUCCCAUUGGCCAGAUUGUACUCAGCUUUGAGGGACCUACCAGUCAGGUGUUGUGGCUUACCAAAUGUUCCCACCCACAACAUAGGGUGUCAGUUGUCCAGGUCUCACCGCAGUACGUGCCCUCUUUAAGGGAGGACCCAAUUUUCCAUCUGUAAGCAGAUAAAUCUGAUUUUCACCUCUUGGAUAUGGAUUGGAUGGUAAUUAUCCUUCAGACUGUGCACUCAAUUUUGCAAGAAACAGUAGCUGAGGAUGACAUGUUCAGGAUUCUUCUCUGCUUCUUCCCACCUCCCCCAACCCAUCCAGAUUGAUACAGACAUCAGUAUUGAAGGUGACCAGGAAGUGGACAAACAUGACUCAGGAGAAAACAAGGACUCUGGGUGCAAAGGGUAAAAAAUUCAUUCCGAAUUUCCCACUACCACUUUCCUCUUCAAGUGAAAUGUCACCACAUAGAUGUGUUCUGUUUGCCAAAUCAACAUUCAACACCAUAAUUCCAAAGGUGUCACUGAUGUGCAGAAGCCUAUUCCAGAGAUCAUCACUUGACCUUGAACUUAAGCCGAAACUGUUAUUGUUUCUUUCCUCUAAGUAACACAGAGGGAUGUAUACAGGGCUGCCCCAUUUUAUUCUAACAAAAUCUUGGGAGGAAGAGACUUGGAGAGAUAACAACUUUCCCAAAGCCAGAACUUCCAGCAUUUAAGGCCCCAUAUUUUAUACAGAAUGUCAGAGAUCAGGGGGUGGGGAAACUCAGGACCAAAUGUAGCCCUCCGGGACUUACUUUCUAGUCCUUGGGACUCUCUCCAAUCUCCAGACCACAAAACCUCACUGCAGGCUGGAAUGUGUCCUUGAACUGUAAUAAGGCUUCCUGCCUGUCUGGAUAAAAGGCUGAGAAUCAGUAUGCCAAUACGUUUUUGAGUGACUCUACUCUGAAGACAGCACCUUACAAAUCUGAGAAAUGGGUCCAGAGCUUUGGGUCCAGUCUGCUUCCUUUUGGGCUGCUUCAGGGAAGUCCCGCUUCAGCUUGGAGAAGUAGCCUGCUUCAGUUCAGUAUUCCUAUUCCCCUGUUUGUCUUCAAUUUUGUUUGCUUUCAUCCACCCUCUUUUGUCGUUCUAGGUGUUUUGAAAAGAAAUACGAUUCAGCCUUACACUUUUUCAGGAAACAUAAAACCAGAAUUCGAUAUGUUAUUUAUGGAAUACUAAUAGCAGGUAUUUACUGGACAUCACAGAAAAUGACAAUCUCUUAGUUUUAUAGAGAGUUUGGAUGUGUGUGUGUCUGUUUGAAGUCCGAAAUUAAUUACACAAAAUGGAAUAACCUUAUUAGACAGCAAAUGAAACUUAUUUGAUGAUUGCAUACCAUGUGGAAUAGUAGUGCUACUUAUUAUUAGGAUCUACAGAGGGAAAGAUAUGAUGUACACUUACAUCAUCAUCAUCAUCAUCAUCAUCAUCAUUAUUAUUACAUUUAUACCCUACCUUUCUUCCAAGGAGAUCAAGGUGGCAUACAUGGUUCUCCCCCACCCUCAACAACCCUGUGAGGUAGGCUGGGCUAAGGGACUGCAGCUGGCCCAAGGUCACCCGGUGAGUUUCAUCACUGAAUGAGGAUUUGAACCCUGGUCUCCCAGAUCCUAGUCCAGAGAUAGACCUAGUCCAGAGUCCCAUGAGUUCCAGCCAGCGUGGUCAAAGAUCAGGAAUGAAGAGAGUUGGACUUCAACAACACCUGGAAAGCCACAGGUUCCCCAUCUCUGUCCUAGUCCAACACUCUAACCACUGCACCAAAUUGGCUUGAUGUGAUAUACAUCUUUUCAGUAUAGCUCAGUUGGUAGAGCAUGAGAAUCUUAAUCUCAGGAUCAUGGGUUUGAGCCCCACAUUGGGCAAAAUAUUCCGGCAUUGCAGGGGAUUGAACUUCUUGAUGAUCCUUGUGGUCCCUUCCAACUGUACAAAUACUUUGAUUCUUUGAAAUCUCUUUGUAAGAUUUCAAGAGACUGCCACCUACUUCUAAACUUACAACAGUGUGACCCUACACAUAUCUAUUCAGCAGUCCUGUUGAUGGGAUUUGCUCCCAAGUGUGUACAGGAUUUCAACCUAAAUUAUCUAAAUUACCCCAAAAGCUCACUGGAAAAACUUGUUGGCUCCCUGAACCUCCCACAUUUUGAGAAUCAUUGUUAGGGCACCUGCUUUGCAUGCAGAAGAUUCCAGGUUCAAUUCAUGUUCUCUCUAGUAGGGCUGGGAAUGUCUGCUGUCUAAGACGCUGAGACCCAUUGCCAGUCUGAGUAGACAAUAUUGAGCUACAAGGACCAAUGGGUCUGACUCAGCAGAGGUCAACCCCCAAAUGUUCAUGCGUUCAGAAGCACAGUUGGUUUGUAAUGAUUUUAAUUCAACAUGAAGCCAUACUGGCAUUGAUAUCAUGAUAGGUAAAUGAACUUACCCUAUUUUUCGCUCUAUAGGACGCACUUUUUCCCCUCCAAAAAUGAAGGGGAAAUGUGUGUGCAUCCUAUGGAGCGAAUGCAGAGCUUCGCUGAAGCCUGGAGAGCGAGAGGGUCGGUGCGCACCGACCCCUCUCGCUCUCCAGGCUUCAGGAAGCUAUCCGCAAGCCUUUGGAGCCCGCGGGAGUUCCCGCCGGGCUCCGAAGGCUUGCGGAUAGCAGCUUGCAGCCCGAAGCUGUUCUAGCUUCGGGGUGGCUGCGCAAAGCCUCCGCAGGGCAGCGGGGUGCCUUCACCCCGCUGCCCUGCAGAGGCUACAAAGGAUGUCCCUGAAGCCUCAAGCCUUUGGAGUGCAGCUGCACUCCAAAAGCUUCAGGGAUCUUUGAGGCUGGCAGUGGAGGACAGCAGCGCUUCCCCCCCACUGCCAGCCCCACAAGCUCGGGGGGCAGCGGCAAGGCUGCACUCAGCCUUUGUGCUGUUCCCCGACCUGCUCUUGAAUGCACCUUGUUUUAGAGGGGGAGAACAGGGGGAAAUUUUUUUUUCUUAUUCUCCCCCUCCUAUGGUCCGGUGCGUCCUAUGGUCUGGUGCGUCCAAUAGAGCGAAAAAAACGGUAUGUUUCAGCAAUAUUGUUUUGUAAACCCCUUUUUGUAAUAAUUCUCCUGGAGCAAAUACAUGUUCACACUGUAAGUUGUAAAAUGAAGUUAUCAAAGCUGGCUGUUCAUUCCUACCUUUUGCACUUGGAUCAGUAAGGUGGUUCCUCCCACCUUAAUCUUUAAUGAAAACACAACGAAGAGAGGAUUGCAGAAACGCCAUGCAUUAAUCUCACAUUACCCCACAUGUAGGCACUUGCCUCACAGUGCAAAACAAAGCACACUUUAUUUAUUUUCAUUUUUUACCAUGGGAGCUAAUAUUUAAGGAUUCAGUUUCCAUGUCUCUAGCUAUUUGCAUAACACAGGCCUUGGGGCAAAUAGUGAGAAAUAUAUGUGAAAAGGCCUCUCUAAAUAAUUGGUUCCUUUUCAUAAGCACUUCUGCUGUUGUCUGAGGGACUUGGGCACUUGUGUGCAAAGGAGAAACACAGACCUUAUUUUACUGGUGAUCGCAGAGACUUCCUCAUUUAAAUAUACCAUGGGAGGAAAUGAGCCAAUAAUGUAUCCAUUUUACCAAAUCAUGAAAGUCCCUCAAUGGGAGCCAAUUCUGUCUUAAAUGAUCACAUUAUAUUACAGAAUAAAGACUGGCUUUGCUAAGUCAUGGCUUUUCUUUCAUUAGAGCCUCUGCCUCUUCCAAAGCUCUUCCAUGAACCUCAAAAUAGCUUCCAUUCAAAUGACUGAACCUACCCUGGACCUACCUGGGACACGGGUGGCACUGUGGGUUAAACCACAGAGCCUAGGACUUGCUGAUCAGAAGGUUGGCGGUUCAAAUCCCCGUGACGGGGUGAGCUCCCGUUGCUUGGUCCCUGCUCCUGCCAACUAGCAGUUCGAAAGCACAUCAAAGUGCAAGUAGAUAAAUAGGUACCACUCCGGCGGGAAGGUAAACGGCGUUUCCGUGCACUGCUCUGGUUCGCCAGAAGCGGCUUAGUCAUGCUGGCCACAUGACCCGGAAGCUGUACGCCGGCUCCCUCGGCCAAUAAAGCGAGAUGAGUGCCGCAACCCCAGAGUCAGCCACAACUGGACCUAAUGGUCAGGCAUCCCUUUACCUUUACCUUUACCCUGGACCAGAAUACAGAUUGUGGUCUAACAGGUAGCUGGGCCUGCCCUAGACUGGCCAGGUCUCCUUGAAAUACUUCCUGAUAGUCUGAUAGUCUACAGUUCUUGCAUUAUCCUCUCCCUUUCACAAGAACAGAGACUGAAGCACUAUGAGUGGAAUUCAACUAAGUUUUAUUCAGAGUAGAUGUGGUGUUGUUUUUACUUACCGUAUUUUUCGCUCUAUAACACGCACCUGACCAUAACACGCACAUAGUUUUUAGAGGAGGAAAACAAGAAGAAAAAAAUUCUAAACGAAACAGUGGAUGUAUGAUUUUUGUGGUUCAUGCUGUGGCCACAGACAUGUGAUUUGACGGUGAGUUUGGGGUAGCCCAAUGCAAAAAUCCUGAGGAUCCAUGUGGAUCCAUGCUUUGUAACCACAUUUUUGCACCACUGCGGCCCCAGGCAACAGUGGGUGCGUGAUUUUUUUGGUGCAAGCUGUAGCCAUGGACAUGCUAUGUGAUCUGAUGGUGAAUUUGGGGUGACCCAGUGCAAAAAUCCUGAGGAUCCAUGUGGAUCCAUGCUUUGUAACCACGUUUUAAGUGGCUUGCUUUAAAGGAGCCAACCGGACAGGAGCCGCUUACACUCGUGUAAGCGGCUCCUCUCCUCUCCCACUUUGCUCCUUUAAAGAAGCAGGCUCUCUCUACCUCUCUCCUCCCCACUCAGCGGCUCUUCUCCCGCUUUGCUGUUUUAAAGCGAGCCACGGAGGAGGGAAGGAAGGGGAACCAUGGAUCCUCUGCUCACGACUGCAGCAGAUCCCCCCGCCACCCGCAGGCAUUCGCUCCAUAACACGCACAGACAUUUCCCCUUACUUUCUAGGAGGAAAAAAGUGAGUGUUGUGGUGCAAAAAAUACGGUAAAUUAUAGUAAUUAUUUCCAAAUGUGCAUCUAUAUAUAUAAAUUAGCAUGUGAGAAUCUUUUGUCCUUUUUAAAAUGUACCUUUUGUGUGAUAUGAAGGUAUGUGGUGAUGGGAAAAUGUUGCACUUGGGGUGGAGCUCUCAACUCUUCUCUGAUCAGCAACAGAGAAUUUCAAAUAGAUACACACAUAUCAACAAGUGUAAUGUGAGCAAGUCUUCUUCUAAUUUUCUUUGUCAGUGAAGCAUGGAAAUUUGGCUUAGUUAAACAUUAGAUGUGAUAGUGUGAGUGGUCCUUUCUGCUUUGAUGGGUAAGGAUGCUUCCACCAUCCUCCCUCCUCAAUAAUAAUAAUAAUAAUAAUAAUUUAUUUAUACCCUGCCCAUCUGGAUGGGUUUCCCCAGCCACCCAGGGCAGCUUCCAACAGAUUAUUAGAAACACAACAAAACAUCAAACAUAAAAAGCUUCCCUGAACAGGGCUGCCUUCAGAUGUCUUCUAAAAGUCAGAUACAGUAGCAUCUCGGCUUACACGUAAACUUCAGGUUGCGAAAGUGGCAAACCCGGAAGUGUUUCACCUCGUGCGCAUGCACAGAAGCACUCUACCAUGCUACGCACAAGCGCAGAAGUGGUCUACCGCCACACACGCACAUGCGCAGAAGCGGCCCCUCAGGUUGCGGAAACCUAGUGAUCCAACUGGAGCUCCAGAAAGGAUCCCGUCUGCAACCGGAGGUACCACUGUAGUUGUUUAUUUCCUUGACAUCUGAUGGGAGGGCGUUCCACAGGGAGGGUGCCACUACCGAGAAGGCCCUCUGCCUGGUUCCCUGCAACCUCGCUUCUCGCAGUGAGGGAACCGCCAGAAGGCCCUCAGAGCUGGACCUCACUCUUCCCCGGCAUUCCAGCAUAGGAAGCUGCCUUAAACCAAGCCAGAUGAAUUGGGUCCAUCUAGCAGCUAGAUUCUAGAUCAAUGUUGCCUACAGUGAUUGGCAGGUUCCUCCAGGAUUCUUUCCCCAGCCUCAACUAGAGAUGUCAGGGAUUGAACCUAGAACCUUUUGUGUGCAAAGCAGUUGCUCUUCCACGGAAUGCUUCCCCAAGCAUAUGCUUAUCUCAAAUGGAAAGGAAAAUUGGGUCAAUAAGUGCACUGGCUUAUGCAAGUAGCACUGUUUGAAGUGCUGUUUUCCAAACAAAGUCUUGGAUAAUUAUAGCAAAGAUGUUUGAGGAUUUUGUUGGGAGAGGAAACAAGGGAGGACAGGUAUUGUAUGCAAUGGGCAUGCCUCAUAUAUGGCAUAUCUGAUUUAUGACUAUGCUUGUUUCCAUGACAGCUUAUCUGGCCAUGGUAAUUGCGGCCUGUAUCUUGAAUUUUCGCAGAGCUUUGGCCCUUUUUGUACUCACCAUCCUGGGCAUUUUCUUCAUCUGCUGGGACUUUUUGAUGGCCAGAUAUGAGGACAGAAUCGCAGAAUCGCUUUCCCCUUGUGGAAAGUUUCUGGAUACCCAAUGGUUUUGGCUGAAAUGG